AAGCCAAUCUUUGAGAGAAGUGAGUGCUUUGCGUGGUGAGCAGGACUCAUCCUUCCCCUGCGCUGCACCACUCGCCUGCACGCGUCGCGCGUCUUGGGACGAGGGGGGCGUUGUGCGCGUUCAGGUCCAUCCUCGAGGUCGAGCUGUACAAUGUGCUGCGGUCAGUAUCAGGUGGCGCUGACAGGACUUUUGCUCCUCCUUUCUCCUAUCGCAGGCGCUGCUUCCCGUCAUUUCACCCGCGCCAUUCAGGUCGACUCGAUCGAGCGCGCCUGCCUCCUUACACACGCUCUCUCGACGCUAGCUGGAUCAAGGCUUAGCGGAUCCUCGUUGCGUCGCUGUGCGUCUCAGAUCUUUUUCAAUGUGUCCGCCGACCUGCUCUGCGCCGCACACCGUCAAUCAUCCGACUCCGUUCUUCCCGCCGCCUUGCGGUACCAAUACUUCGCACUAAUCUCAACGCAUACAUCCACGAGCUAGCACAGCUUCUCGAGCUCCUUCUGCCACCUCGUUCAUACCAGACCUUCUCUUGCCUUGCAAGAAUUUAUUUCGGAAGCGUCUUUGGCCGCAUUUGGCGUGUGUG